ACCAAAGCCUAGUAUUCUCUUCUUCUUCUGUGUGUUUUUUGUCUGAUUAAUUAAAGCCAUGGCUGUUAACAAAUACCAAGCAGACCAUUAUUUAAUGCUGAAACCAGAUGAAGUGAGUAUACGGAAGGUUGUUCGAUUAUUAUGGAGCAAAAGAAUGGAGGAAAACGAUUACUUUUAUAUACGAGAAAGUGAUGAAAAGGAAGAUUUCAUUGAAAAGGGACUUGCCAUCGCCUCGCUCGCAGCUCAAAAGGGUCUGCUCCAUGCUGCCAAACCCUUGAAAUGCUUUGGACAAAAGCUGGAGAUGUGGUUGAACCUCGUCUCCUUUAACACCAACAUUUUCAUGCUCUUCUUCAACACUCUGCGAUGUAAAGUGAAAAUUCCAGAGCGUAAAUCAGAUGAUUUUAUGUCGUUCGCGGGGUAUAUAGACAAACGGGUUAAAUUAGAUGAGAAGAUAGAACCUGGAAAUGCGAGAUAUAAUUCAGCACUGGCUAUAAUGGCGGCUAAACUAGCUUAUGAGAAUAAGGGCUUUAUUAGGAACACAGUUGAACAACAUUGGAAGAUGGAAUUCAUUGAUAUGGACACCGACUUUUGGAAUGAUUAUUUAGAGAAUUAUCAUACCCAAGGCUUCAUGUCUUAUGAUGAAAGCGUGAAUAUGAUAGUGGUAUCUUUCAGAGGAACAGAAGCUUUCAACGCAUACGAUUGGUGUACGGAUUUCGAUAUCUCCUGCUUUGAAAACCCGGAAAUGGGGAAGAUCCAUGGCGGAUUUAUGAAAGCUUUAGGCUUAGUAAUGGAACAUGGUUGGCCACCUCAUCUCCCUGCCGAUAAACGAGACAAGAACUUGGCUUAUUAUGCCAUAAGAGAUAAGCUUAAAGAAAGGAUAGAUUUAAACAAAGAAACCAAGUUCAUAGUGACCGGUCACAGUCUCGGCGGUGCAUUGGCGGUAUUGUUCCCUGCGAUCUUGGCAUUGCAUGGAGAAACAAAGUUGCUGGAGAGAUUGAAAGGGAUUUACACGUUUGGACAACCCAGAGUUGGAGAUGGCAAGUUUAAAAGUUUCAUGGAAGAACAAGUGCUGGAUAGACAUGGCGUUAAAUAUUUGAGAUUUGUUUACUGCAAUGAUUUGAUUACCAGAUUGCCUUUCGACGAUCCUGUAACUUCCCUUUACACCCAUUUUGGAACUUGCCUUUACUUCAACAGCUGCUAUAAAGGACAGAUACUGCCCGAAGAACCACACAAGAACUACUUUGAAACGUUUGGAGGAACUCGGAGGUUCUUGAAUGCACUGUUUGAGUUAGUGAGGUGUCUUUAUCUGCCAUUGUUGAAAGGAGGAGAUUACAGAGAAGGUUUAGCGAUGAUAUUGAUAGUUAGGUUUAGUGCACUGGCUUUUCCAGGGGCGGCGGAUCAUAAUCCUUUGGAUUAUGUUAACGCAACUCGAUUGGGAUCCAAGGAAGUAUUUCAAAGUGCUGAAUCUUCCAAGAAAUGGCUCAAAAAUUCAGCAACUUCUGGUCGGGAGGUCCAAGAUAAGAUUAAAUAUUGUUGACAGUCCAAUGUACACUAUUUUAGGUGUCCACUACCGUACAAACUUUUAUAGCGAGAACCGUGGAAUUAAAAAUAACCGGCACAUCACAUACGAAGUUUCAUAUUUGUUGAUUUGUCCAUGUCUACAUAACUUUAUUUAGCUGAUGCAAAUGUAAUCUAAUAAAUUACACAAGUAAUAAAGCUACCAUUAUUUAAUAGAAUAA